GUUUUAAAAAAACAGGAAGACUUCCUUUCUCUUUUCUGCUACAUUUACGCAUAAAGUGCAUAAAGUGUAUAAAUAAUUAUCGCAAUAACGCGCACUACUGCAAAUAUAUUUUAAAACAGAUUUUUGAAAGAUAUUAUAUAGCGGUGAUAAAAGAUAAGAAGAGUCGAGGAUGGCUUCAAAUAUUAUAAAAGAAGAGGUUCAGCUGCCAAAAGACUUUAAAAAAUGUCUGGCAUUUGUGUUGUACAACGUUUUCACGAAAGAGGAAUGUGAAGAAUACAUAAAUAUUGCAGAGAAAAAAGGUUUUGAAGUUGCACUUCUAAAUGCUGGAGAUAGACAAGUAUUAGACACAAGAAUAAGAAACAGUGCAAGAGUUAUAUGGGAUACCCAAAAAGAGGUUGAUAAGAUAUGGAAAAGAAUCAAAGAGUAUGUGCCUGAUGUAUGGUGUCACAGAAAAGUCAUGGGAUUGAACGAAAGGUUAAGGAUUCUUAGAUAUGAUCCAGGCGAAUAUUUCAGGCCACAUUAUGAUGGCAUGUAUAAACGGGAUAAUGGAGAAAGAAGUUAUGUGACUGUUCAGAUAUAUCUAAACGAGGGUUUUGAAGGUGGAAGUACCACAUUUAUAGGAAGUCAUAUAGAUGAACGAGUUGAAGUUGUACCAAAAACAGGUUCCGUACUGGUUUUUGAACAUCCUAUACUCCAUGAAGGGUCUGAACUUAUUGCUGGAAGAAAAUAUGCAAUAAGGACUGAUGUUAUGUAUUCAUCUACAAUAUCAAAGCCAAAGAAGGCAACGAAUACAGAGACAACCGAAAGCGAAUCAGACACUCAGCAUUCACAAACCACAGAGAGUGUGCAAUCAAGUGAAACGUCGAAAGACCUAUCAACAACCGAAAAUACUAAGAAGAAGUCGAAUUUUCUUAGUAAACUAUUUGGGUGAAAUUUUUGUGAUAGAAAGCUACUGUGAUUUUAAUAUUCGUCCAUCUUCAUUCUUCGUUUGUUAAGAUCUUGGAAUUAGGUUAUUCUCUGAAUCUUCUGGCGCCUGGGGUAUGCAAUAUAAGAAGUGAUCAGAAACUUUAUCUUUUGUUGUUGAUAAUGGUAUUAUCUUUUCAAAGUACAUUCAUAUCCGUUCUGUAACCGUGAUAUAUAUACAUGUAUGUUUUUUUUUAUAUGUUUUUGCCACCGUAUUUUAAAUUCAUAAUUGAUAUUCAAUUAUAUGAUGUUAAUUUUUUUAAUGUUACUCGUUGUUCAUGAUGUUGUUAUUAACUAUAGGCUCAAAGUUUAUUUAGUUUUUUUGUAUUAUUUUUUUGCAUGUGAUAUUCAAGUAUAUGUUCGUUUUAUUUGUUUUUUAACCCUCCAUCAAAAUUUA